UGGCGGGGGGAGGAGAAACAGCGGCAGCAGCUACAGUGGCAGCAGUAGUAGUAGCAGAGGCUGUAGCAUUGGACACCCUCUUCUCCCGCAAACCGGUUCCUCUUCCCCCUUCUUCUCACUGUCUGUUUUGUGUUUGAUGAGUUAAAGCAGGAGCGAGAGCCCGAGCAGCGCCAUAAGCAACACUACCAUCAUCCCUAGCACUGUGGGUCCAUGCCCCAGCGGCAGGCCUGGUGGCAGAGGUGGUGGUGGCAGAGGCAGCGGCACCGAGGUAAUCCAGGUGACUAAUGUCUCCCCGAGCGCUAGUUCUGAGAUGCAGACUCUCUUCGGUUUCCUAGACAAGACUGACAAAUUGUGCCUCUUCCCACCGGAUGAUUCACCUUUGCCAGUUUCAUCUCGUGUCUGCUUUGUUAAGUUCCGUGAUCCAGACUCAGUAGCUGUGGCACGGCAUCUGACAAACACUGUAUUCAUUGACACAGCUUUGACAGUCGUACCACAUGCAGAAGGAGUUAUUCCUGAUGAGGCUAAGGCUUUGUCUCUGUUGGCACCAGCUAAUGCAGUGGCAGGUCUUCUGCCCAAUGGUGGACUUCUGCCUACUCCUAACACACUUACCCAGAUUGGCGCUGUUCCACUGGCUGUUUUGGGGGCUCUUACUCUUGAUCCCACCCUUGCUGCACUUGGGCGUCCUGGAGCAAACUUGAACUCUCAGUCUCUUGCCACAGAUCAGUUGCUGAAGCUUAUGAGUACUGUUGAUCCCAAGUUGAAUCAUGUAGCUGCUGGUCUGGUUUUACCAAGUCUGAAAUCGGAUACCUCUAGUGAAGAAAUAGAGGAAGCUAUGAAAAGAGUACGAGAAGCACAGUCCCGAAUUUCUGCUGCUAUAGAACCAAAGAAAGAAGAAAAAAGAAGGCAUUCAAGAUCACGCUCUAGGAGGAGAAGGGGGACUCCCUCAUCUUCUAGCAGGUGGUCAAGAAACAGAUCGAGAGGGCAAUCACAUUCUGAGCCUAGGAGUCGGCGACGAUCCAAAAGCCCAAGACGGAGAAGAUCUCAUUCCAGAGAGAGAGGUAGAAGGUCAAGGAGCACAUCAAAAAUGAGAGACAAAAAGAAAGAAGACAAAGAAAAGAAAUGUUCAAAACCACCACCAAAAAGUUACAGCACAGUCAGAUGUUCUAGACGUUCAAGCAGAGAGAGACAACAAUGCAGAGACAGGAGUGGAACAAGAUCUCCUAAAAAGCCUCAGUCUCCUAAAAGAAAAUUGUCUCGCUCACCAUCCCCUAGGAGACAUAAAAAGGAGAAGAAGAAAGAUAAAGACAAAGAAAGAGGUAGGGAUGAAAGAGAACAAUCAACAAGCAAGAAGAAGAAAAGUAAAGAUAAGGGAAAGGACCAGGAAAGAAAAUCAGAGAGUGAUAAAGAUGUAAAACAGGUUACACGGGAUUAUGAAGAAGAGGAACAGGGGUAUGACAGUGAGAAAGAGAAAAAACCAACAGAAACAGGUUCCCCUAAAACAAAGGAAUGUUCUGUGGAAAAAGGAACUGGCGAUUCACUAAGAGAAUCCAAAGUGAAUGGGGAUGAUCAUCAUGAAGAAGGCAUGGAUAUGAGUGACUGAGUACUGCCUCUGUGGGAAUCCAACUGUAUACCUGCAUCAGUGUCAUUCAUUCAUGUAAUUUCUUAAUGCUGUAUUUGUUCAUCUCAAAUCUAGAUGUAUACACCUCUGAGUUAUAAAUGGUUAUAAAGCUCCUGUUACUGAUGUUAGUUAUUCACAUCAAAAAGCUUUUAGAAAAUGGUACAAGGUAACCAAUUCUUGUCAUGGUGAAAUCUGAUUAACCAGGCAGUUUUACUAUUCUGGUGCUGCUUCAUAACAAAAAUGAAAAGCUGCAUGCGUCUACAGCAGGCAUGGAUUGUUUAUGUCGUAUGAUCUCCUUUAUUAAGUAAGUUCACUUACAGUAUUUCUAUAAUUUGAUUCAUUGCCAUAAUAGAGCCAUGUAGGAAAUGCACUGAUUGCAUGUUAUUGUGGCAAGAAUAUCCUAAAUGUCAUUAAAAUCCUUCAACAUGAUGGAUCUACUUAUGGUCUUGUUUGUUGACAUGACAAAUUAACAUUCUUACAGUUACAUCUGGAAAUGAGCAUUUGCAAUAGAUAAUCCUUUAAGCUUUGUGGUAAAAUUUUGUGGCUUUUGUUUAAGUUUGAAAGGUUAUUAUGCACUAACCUUUUUUGGUGUCUAAUUAGGGUUUAAAUAUAGAAACAAGAUUUCAAAUAAAACUGUCUUUGGCAGUGAGUAAACAGCAUAUUUUGAAGUAGAGUUGUAUACUUUUUCGUAAGAUGUUUGGGAAUUUUUUUUUCCUGAAGUUAAUAAUUUAUUCCAUAUCUACAUGAGUGAAUGUUAUCUACCUAUCCUAGGUCCAUCUUAAAGGGGAAA